CUAACGGGCGGGCCGGCCGCCUCCGUCAUCUCCGGGCCGUCGGCAGGGCUCUUUCCCUCCUCUGCUGCCCUCGGGCAGGGCUGCGCCCUUCUAUGGGCAGAACCCCAUCCCCUCUUGCCCGCUGGACAGUUGCUGUGCGACUUGGACAGUAGAGGAGCGCCUCCCAAGUUUUCAUCCAACUGCCACCCCCAAAGCUUCCACCCUCCUCCCCUCAGAGACAGGACGUUUGAUGCCUCGUCCUUGAGAUUCUCAUUGGCAAGCCCCUCUGAGUCCCCCUGACCAGAGCCUGCCGACCCAAUUGCCCACCUUUGCGGUUUUGAUGCUUAGCCAUGUCUGCCUCAUCCUCAGGCGGCUCCCCCAGGUUUCCAUCGUGUGGGAAGAACGGAGUAACGAGUCUCACACAGAAAAAAGUCUUGAGAACACCCUGUGGCGCACCAAGUGUAACUGUGACGAAAUCUCAUAAGCGCGGAAUGAAAGGGGACACCGUGAAUGUACGGCGGAGUGUCCGGGUGAAAACCAAGGUACCUUGGAUGCCCCCUGGAAAAUCAUCUGCCCGGCAUGUGGGAUGCAAGUGGGAGAAUCCACCUCACUGUCUGGAGAUCACACCGCCAUCUUCAGAAAAGCUGGUCUCGGUUAUGCGAUUAAGUGACCUUUCUACAGAAGACGACGAUUCAGGUCACUGUAAAAUGAACCGUUACGAUAAGAAGAUUGACAGUCUAAUGAACGCGGUUGGUUGUCUCAAAUCUGAGGUUAAGAUGCAGAAAGGCGAACGUCAAAUGGCCAAAAGGUUCCUGGAGGAGCGAAAGGAGGAGCUGGAGGAGGUAGCUCAUGAGCUGGCAGAGACGGAGCAUGAAAACACGGUGCUCAGACACAACAUCGAGCGCAUCAAGGAGGAGAAAGACUUCACCAUGCUUCAGAAGAAACACCUCCAGCAGGAGAAGGAGUGCCUCAUGUCUAAAUUGGUAGAGGCUGAAAUGGAUGGAGCAGCUGCUGCCAAGCAAGUCAUGGCCUUGAAGGAUACCAUCGGGAAGCUGAAAACCGAGAAACAGAUGACUUGCACUGACAUCAACACCUUGACGAGGCAGAAGGAACUUCUCCUGCAGAAGCUGAGCACCUUUGAGGAGACCAACCGCACCCUCCGAGAUCUGCUGAGGGAACAGCACUGCAAAGAGGAUUCCGAGAGACUAAUGGAGCAACAAGGUGCAUUAUUGAAACGUCUGGCAGAGGCGGACUCAGAGAAAGCGCGCCUGCUGUUACUGUUGCAAGACAAGGACAAGGAGGUGGAAGAGCUCCUCCAGGAGAUACAAUGUGAGAAGGCUCAAGCAAAGACAGCAUCUGAGCUCUCCAAGUCCAUGGAGUCCAUGCGUGGGCAUCUACAGGCACAGCUCCGGUGCAAAGAAGCCGAGAACAGUCGCCUGUGCAUGCAGAUCAAGAACUUGGAGCGGAGUGGGAACCAGCACAAGGCGGAAGUGGAGGCCAUCAUGGAGCAGCUAAAGGAACUGAAGCAAAAGGGAGACCGAGACAAAGAGACCCUGAAGAAGGCCAUCCGAGCCCAGAAGGAGCGAGCCGAGAAGAGCGAAGAGUAUGCUGAGCAGUUACACGUGCAGCUUGCUGACAAGGACCUUUAUGUUGCUGAAGCUUUAUCUACUCUGGAGUCAUGGAGGAGCCGCUACAACCAGGUUGUGAAAGACAAAGGAGACCUCGAGUUGGAAAUUAUCGUUUUGAACGACCGGGUGACAGAUCUUGUAAACCAACAACAAAGCUUGGAGGAGAAGAUGCGGGAAGACCGGGACAGCCUGGUGGAGAGACUGCACCGGCAGACCGCUGAGUAUUCUGCAUUCAAGCUAGAGAACGAGAGGCUCAAGGCUAGCUUUGCCCCUAUGGAGGACAAGCUCAACCAGGCUCACCUGGAGGUCCAACAGCUGAAGGCAUCGGUGAAGAACUACGAGGGGAUGAUCGACAACUAUAAGAGCCAGGUGAUGAAGACAAGAUUGGAGGCUGAUGAAGUGGCUGCCCAGCUAGAGCGCUGCGACAAAGAGAACAAGAUCCUUAAAGAUGAGAUGAACAAAGAAAUUGAGGCGGCCCGCCGGCAGUUCCAGUCGCAGCUGGCUGACUUGCAACAGCUGCCUGACAUUCUCAAGAUCACAGAGGCCAAAUUGGCUGAAUGCCAAGACCAACUCCAAGGCUACGAGAGGAAGAAUAUCGACCUCACAGCCAUCAUUUCAGACCUGCGCAGCCGGAUCGAACACCAGGGGGACAAGCUGGAGAUGGCAAGAGAGAAACAUCAGGCUUCCCAGAAGGAAAAUAAACAACUGAGUCUGAAGGUGGAUGAACUGGAGAGGAAGUUGGAGGCCACCAGCGCCCAGAAUGUCGAGUUCCUACAGGUGAUUGCCAAGAGGGAGGAGGCAAUCCACCAGGCUCAGCUGCGGCUGGAGGAGAAAACAAGGGAGUGUGGGUCCUUGGCUAGGCAGCUGGAGAAUGCCAUUGAAGAUGCCAGACGGCAGGUGGAACAAACCAAGGAGCAGGCACUCUCCAAGGAACGUGCAGCCCAGAGCAAAAUCCUGGACCUUGAGACCCAGCUAAGCAGGACCAAGACAGAACUUGGCCAGCUGCGGCGAACUCGUGAUGAUGCGGAUCGUCGAUACCAGAGCCGGCUGCAGGAUCUGAAAGACCGCCUGGAGCAGUCUGAGAGCACCAACCGCAGCAUGCAGAAUUAUGUCCAGUUCCUCAAGUCCUCCUAUGCCAAUGUAUUUGGGGAUGGCCCCUAUACAUCCUCUUACCUGACAAGCUCACCCAUCCGCUCCCGGUCUCCCCCUGCCUGAGGCCACCUGCCCAGGAUCUAAAGCCCUUGCCUGAUGCCAGAGAACUUAGGAGUUGCCAUCCUGUAGCUGGCAAGCCCACUGGCUUUCUCUUCAAGUGAUCGAAUGUGCUCAGGGUCUGUUCCUCAACUCCUGAUACCAGGAAAGUCCCUAAAGCAGCUGGGGAUGAGUCAGGACGAACAUGGUUCCCUUUCCUGACCUGUGAGCCUGGAAUUUUAAGUGAUCUUCACAGGCCUUAGAUUUGCUACAUUAGGUACCAGAUUUUUAAAGCGCUGUGUCUUGGCAGAGUCUGCUUCCUUUCCUCAGGGAGUGUUUGGAUGGACUUUCCCCUGCUGUCUUCUUGUAGCCCUCAUCUUUUAAUGUAUCCAUGUCUUGUGUUUCUCUGAGGUGAAGCAGCAGGAGUCCUCCUUGGACUGUGAACCACCUACAUCGCCUUUUUCCUUUUUUUUAAUUUAUUUUUAUUUUAUUUUUACUAAAAUAAAACUUUGUUUCAAGAAUGAGAUAACUUAGUAACUGAGUAAGUCUGCGCUUUUAUAGCGUAAAAAUCAAAUGGAGGCAGGAAGAUGUAACACUCAUUCCUGACUCAUGGAGGAAAGAAGGUCACAGCUCCCUUUGCUGCUUUGGAAUCUUUAGCUACAAAUGUCCUGAAGUGGAGCAGUCACUGUUACCACAGUGGCAAGUUGGUCAAGACAGUGGAUUCUUGCUGUUGACACUUUAUCCACCUCCUGAUGACAGGAAAAGUAUGGAAUAGCAGGGGCCAUGCUAAUCUUGUCUGUAUUCUUCCAGUUUUAGUAUAUGUGCUGCUGAAGCGAGCACUGCUUAUUUCUUCUUGAUGGAUAGGGCAGGCAUCGGUGUUUCUGUAGUGCCAAUGGACACCUCCCAUGUCCGCGUUGUCAAGGGCCACUCGUCCCCAGCACUUCACAGAAGCUAAUGUCCACCCAGGGAACAAGUAUGCUUCCUGUCUCACUGCUUUUCACUUCUCUUUAUAGCUCUGGAAUUUGUCUACUUCUGAAAUUUUUGUGUGAUUUUACAAGAAAUAAAGUUUUUAUAAUCA